UUCCGACCCAGACCAAGUCACAUGACCGACUGAGCAAAGUUCUGUGCAACGAAAGUCACACUAUCGGCGAAUGCACUCAAGAGCUUACAACCCACGAGGAGAGAGCGGAGAAAUGCUCGGCCCCUGGCAAUGACUCGAACGCAACAACUGGGGCACCACUGUCUUGGCGUGGUUCAGUACCACCCUCAGUCCGCGAAAUCCUGGUCUACGCGGUCCUGGUCUACAGUGAUAGUCAGGAACCGUAUAGAGCUCGGCUUCCGUCCAGCAAGCUCUACUCCUCUGCUGUGAUGGUCGCCAACCAGUUCCUCCAGUCGAGGGAACAAAUUAGUGCCAUUCAGCUAUCGAAUUAUUUCAACCGAAUCAAGAAGCCUGGGAACUACGGAAAAUAUCUUGGACGCCUGCGGACAACACGCUUCCGCACCAUCAUAUCGUCCGUCGUGGAAUCGUGCAACACGCAGUUUCGGAAGGCAGACAGCAAGUCUCUAGAUGGCGGCGAGGUGUUGGAGGUGAGGAAAGUCGUUGAGGGUGCUAUCAGCCAGUGGGCCUCACCACCCACACCCCCCACACCCUCCACAUCACCUACACCUGCUGCCAUGGACUUCAAUGGCAUUGCGGCGCGCAUCAACAGCAUGGCACGCUGGAAGGCAAUUGAAGACGAUGACCUAAAGGCACACUAUUUUAGCCCAAGGCCUGGCUGUCCCCAGCUAACUGUACUGGUGAAGAGAGACUUCACAUUCCAAGUGUUGAUGCAAAGUAAGAUCGUUGACAUGACCAGCAUAUGUAAGCCUCCGGAAAAGCUUCUCACCUGUGAAGAUAUAGAGACCGUCGUGUUAGCCAUCGAGAGAGCCGAUAAUUGCCAGGGCUGCAGAUACGACAAAUACAAAGAUUGGAUUGAAAACCGGCUCGAUGGUGGAACGUUCAAGAAUUCGUCUGGUGCGGUAGUUGGAAAACUCGAAACAUGUGAACCAACACCAUGCAUACGAACAGUAGCAUGUCCUAUACUCGUACCUGCUGGUACUAGUUCCGUUUGCGCUGCUUGUAAAGCUUUGGAUGGUACCCUGAGAAGAGGCUUGUCCAGAUUUAAAACCCGAGGCACUGAAACAAGCCCACAUACCGCCUUCAUCCAUCUACCCCAAGCCAAGCUUGUUGACAUGCUACGUGAGAGGCGGGACAAGACUAGCCUCGUGACCAGACGAUUGGAGCGCCUUGUUGCCUCCAGAGAGAGAAUGGAGACUACAAAGCACAAUGAGGAGUAUGCAUCCAUAUUUCGCCAACUAGAACCAGCCAUGAAUGCAGUGCGUGAGCGUGUUGAGAACCCAACUUGCAAGUGGGCAACUUGCAGAGAAACCUUUUCAACUAUAGAUGACCUGCAAGUUCAUAUCCAUUUCACUCACCUGAAUAUCGAGGAGACCUCAACACAACGUCAGCCCCUCUACAAAUGCCGCUGGGAAUCCUGCAAACACACCGAAUUCAAAAACAGGCAGGAAUUCAAGUCUCACAUCACAAGGCACACUGGACGACAGGAGGAUUCGUUCUUUGCCAUUCUUCUAGCUGACCAGGCAAAAGCAUUAUCAACAUCACCCGAGCAGAUGCGUUGGCAUCCAGCUGUACUACGGUGGUGCCUUCAGCAACAUUCCCGGUCGCAAAGAACUUAUGAAGUGCUGAGGAACAGCGGGUUUCUGCGUCUGCCAAGUGGGCGAACACUAUUGCGUUAUUGCAAUUACACACAGCCAGAAACAGGCUGGAAGCCAGCAAAGAUGGCAGAAAUGCGUCAACUAUAUGAGAAAUUUAUCGAAAGUAAACGUGGCAAGGGUGAUCGAAGUUUCAUCGGCGGCCUCUACUUCGACGAAAUAAAAAUCAAGGAGGGACUCGUCUGGGACUGUGGCACUAAUGAUCUAAUCGGCUUUGUGGACAGCGAGGAACCAGUUGUUGACAGCAAUGAUAAACUGGUCGCAACACAUAUUAUGCAGUUCCACUUCAAGUCCCUUUUCUCUAAUUUUAAUUUCCCCUGUGCAUACUUCAAUACGAACUCACCCACCUCCAGUUCCAUAAACGACAUGUUCUGGACUGGCGUGGAGCAGCUCCACAGUUAUGGAUUCCGGGUACAAGUGUGUUGCUGCGACGGUGCGGCCAGCAAUAGAAAGUUCAUGAUGGACAACCAGGCACUUAAUAGUGAAAACCCUGGCUCCACCCUCAACCCGUACGGAAACUGGCCACUCUUUUUCCUGUCAGACCCGACCCACCUCAUUAAAAAGAUGAGGAACAAUUUCUCAAAGAGCGGAUACGAGUCAUGGUGCACACGCCUCCUAACCAUUAACAACAAGCCUAUACUGUGGAGCCACAUUAAGCAGGUACUCAAGCGGGAUCAGGGGAGAAUGGUCCAAUGCACACCCUUGAGGGAGCAACAUGUUCAACUGACGUCCUUUUCUAGGAUGAGUAGCCGGCUGGCGUACGACGUAUUUAACAAAAGAGUGGAAGAGGACAUGCAGGACAACCAGCAACAAGACACAAUCUCUACCAGGGAGUUCAUGCGUAAUGUUAGGGCACUGGGUGAUGUGUUUUCGUCCCAUGAGAAGGUUUCGAACCCACGGGACAGUAUUCCCCGCGCACUGUCGGCGACAAUGCAGUGGUUUGACCAAUGGCAUACACAAACGGAAAAGGUGCCAAAAGCAUUCAUCUCACACCAGGUCUACACGGAUAUGAAAAUAACGGCUGGUGGAUUUGCAGGACUGGUACAGUUCAUAACAUGUGACCCCAGAGUGAAACACCUUAACUUGUACAUACUUCCCCAUCGAUUGACACAAGACUUUGUUGAAAACUACUUCAGCCUACAGCGUAGCACAGGCGGUGCAAACCAGAAUAUGACAGCCAGGGCAUACGGCUAUCAAGCUAAUGCUAUUGCUCAAACCCAUGUCAUACCCAGCAACCUCGGGCGAGCUGCUCUUGAUCUGCCCUUGACUAUGAGGAAUACCAGCAACGCCCCAAGUGCGAGCAAAUAGUGCACCAACCAUCGUUUCAUAUCAAAUCGCAGGCGGCCAUGGUGUAAGUUGCAGUGCAUGUAGUGUGAGGACACGAGUUGUGCAAACUGCGUCAAAGCUGUACUGUAAUACAAAUGACACAAGUGUAGGUAACUCACCCCAGGA